GGAGGAGGAAGAGGAGGGGGCUGCCGCCAUCAUGGCGGGGCUGAGCCGCACGCUGGGCAUCUUCGGCGGCUUCGUGGCCGUGGUGGGGGCGGCCCUGUACCCCAUCUACUUCAGGCCGCUGCUGCUGCCGGACGAGUACAAGAAAGAACAGUCAAUAAACCGAGCUGGUAUUGUUCAAGAGGAUAUUCAGCCUCCAGGGUUAAAAGUGUGGUCUGAUCCCUUUGGAAGAAAGUAAUGUCGCUGGCUGGGUGCAUUGUAAGGCAGAACUGAAGAUGGACUCUUCAGCUGUUUCUUCUUACACUGAAGUGUGCCUGUGGGUGUCGCUGGAGAAGAAUUCUGAAUAUGCUGUGUGGGGGCAUGAGGAGCAACAAACGCUACUGACUGGAAUGCCAAGAGGAAAAAAGAUGCUAGAUUUGAUAGAAGGUGCUUAGGUAACAAUGCACAGAUUGUUUGAGCGCUGAAGGGUUAGGUUUAGGAGUGAAAUACUUAUUUCCUUGAGAAAAAGGAAGAAUUAUUUUUGUGGUUAAUCUGUAAACACUUCUAGAAAAAAUAGUGAAUAGACUAAAUUAUGCAGACCACUGCAGUUUCCUCCCUACUUUACGAAUUACUUUGUGGUUUUAUGAAAACAUGAUAGAAGUUUAUACUGAGAGAGACCACUGCAGAUUUGUGCUCUCUUAUGCAAAAUAUAACACGGUGAGUGUGAAUUUGUACAUUAAAAUUUCUUUCUUUCAAACCAA